GUGAUAGCCCAGCACGACGGAGGAGUAUCAGGUGUACUCCCCAUGGCGAACGACGACUGGGAUGGUGCGGCCCCGAUGAACAAGGCACUCAAGGUGCUGGCCACAUCCUCCCGCCCCAUUUCCGCCUCUAGGGUCAAGACAGCAGCAGCGAGGGCCUUGGAUAAUGUCAAGGAAUACAAGCGAGUCGUGCACGCCAUCGAGCGGUACAUCAGGAAAGCCCAGCCCCAGCACCGCAUCGGAGGCUGCUUCGUGAUCGAUUCCGUGUGCCGACAAGCUCAUUCCAAGUGGGGCCACAAGGACGUCUUCACUCCUCGCUUCGCGCAGCGCAUGUCCGAGACCGUGGAGAAUCUAAGAAAUGUGCCCGAUGGGGACAAGCCGCCGGUGUUCCGAGUCAUCCGAGAAUGGCACGAGAAGGGGAUGUUCAAGGGGCUCGAGGCGUUCGCCUCCACGGGGGCUGCGGGAGCCGCGGCUCCCGCCGCUCCCGCUCCCGCCGCUGCUGCUGCGCCGUACUCGUCGUAUCAGAACCCGGCCCCGCCCCAGAUGCCCGCGGUGUCUGCCGCUCCCGCCCUGAUGCCCCUGCCACCGCCGACCGGGGUGAUCCACCUCGGGCUAAAGGCGGGAGACACGUACGGUAGCGCUUAUCCGCCGCACGCGGCGGCGGCGGCGGCGGCGGCGGUUAACGGCGUAGGUGCUCCGCCAGGUGGUGCCGACCCCGGCGCCGCCGCUGCCCCUACGUACGCGCCGUCGUACGAGCAGCAGCAGAGCAGCAGCAGCCCCGCCCCGGCAGGCGUUGCCAACGGUGGGUGGGGCGGUAGGUUGGACGAGCCCUUGUCUGACUCGCGGUUUGUCCCGCAGGAGCCGCCGCUGCCGGACAACGACCACGCCGUUUCUUCUGGGACCGAUGUCGGGGGCGUGCAGCAGCAGCUGCAGCAGCCGAUGGUGCCGCCACCGCCACCGGGCCCCCCGCCUCCGCUGGCGGCAGCGGCGGCGCCGGGGGGGACGACGACGAAUGGGACGUCUUCGGAAAACUCGUUGGAGCAGCAGCCGGGGCAGCAGCAGCAGCAGCAGCAGCAGCAGCAGCCUCCCCCGCCGCCACCGCCGCCGCCGCAGACGGCGGCGGAGGAUAGCAACGACUCCGCGAAAAAGGAGGAGGAGCAGGAGGAGGGGGAGGUAGAGGAUGAGCAGCCGCCGCCCCCGCCGCCGCCCAAGACCGAAGGGAAAAUCAUGGAGCUGUGGAGCCUGCUCAACAUGGCGCAGGCGUCGGGCGCUGCCGCUACCGCGGCGGCUUCCGCGAGCGCCGGGGCGACGACCGCCGGAGCUUCUUCCCCGGCGGGGGGCGAGGACUCCUCGAUGGCCGUCGACGACGAUAACGACGCGGGGGGCGACGACGUAGGCCAGCAGCAGCAGCAGCAGCAGCAGCAGCAGCAGCCGCCGCCGCCACCGCCUCCCCUGCCGCAGGGCCCUUCCCUGGACCACAGCGGGAUGAUGCCUCCAGGCGGCGGGGGCGGGGGUUUCAACAAUCCCCGUCCCCCGCCCUUUCCGGGCAGGAGCGGCUCGGACCUCGGCCAACCGCCGCCGCCCCCGCCGCCCCCGCCCGGGGACGAUUCCGGGCCGCCGCAGCAGUACGACCCCUUCGCCGCCGCUGCUCCGGGUACCGGGGGCGGCAUGCAGGGCCAGCAGCAACGCCAGCAGAUGAUGAUGGGGCCGCGGGGUCCCGGGAUGAUGCACCACCACCAUGGCGGCGACCAAGGUAUGCCGCCCGGCGGCGUCGGGGGGGCAAUGAGGGCCGGCGGCGGUGGGAGGGGCAUGGGAGGAGGCGGCGGCGGGAUGGGGCCCCGCGGACUGCCGCCCGGCGGGAUGAGGCCCGGGAUGGGCAUGGGCGGGGAAGGAGGAGGGAUGGGGGGAGGCCCGCCUCCUCCUCAGGCGGGAGGCAUGUUCUUCCCCGGCGGGCCCAAUGGCCCUCGAGGGAGACCGAGAGGCCUCCCUCCGGGGGGCAUGGGUCCUGGGAACGGUCCUGGGAACGGUCCCGGGAACGGCUGGGGAUCGCCCGCACCCCCGCAGAAUAACGGCCAACCCAGGAACAACGACGCGCCGCCACCGCCGUGGGGAAGCCCGGGUGGAAGGGGGGGCGGAGGGGGCAGGGGAGCGGAGGCGGCGUCCCCGGGUGGUAGGCCGGGUUGGGACUCGCAGCAGGCGGCGGCGGCGUCGGCAGGACGACGGGGGGAUGGGGCGGGGGGCGAGAAUGCCAACAAGAACGGGAACGCGCGUUCUCCGGCCCCUUCCGGCCGACCGUCUCGGUGGGGCCCGCCAGGUGGUGCCGGCGGCGGCGGCGGCGGCGGCGGCGGGCGCGGCCCUAACGAUAGCCUCGCUGGCGGCGGCGGAUCUGAAAACUUUUCGGGACCGAGAACUCCGGGUGGUCCGCCCGGUCCACCAAUGGGCAUGGGGAGCCCGGGGGGUCGAGGGGGAGCGAUGCAGCAGCAGCAGCACUGGCAAGGGCAAGGGCGGGGUCAUCCACGGGGUGCCGCAGGCGGCCCGCCGCCGCCGCCGCCGCCCUCCGCGCGAGGGCCCCCGCCGCCGCCGCCGCCGGGCCAGCAACAGCCGCAAGGCUCGCCGCCGCCUCCCCCGCGAGGCCCGCCCGGUGGAAUGAUGCUGGGAACGGGGGGGCAGCAAGAAGGGAUGGCCAGGCCUCCUCCUCCUCCUCCUCCUCCUGGAGAGGAGUCUCCGCGAGGGGGGGGUCCGAUGCCGCCGGCGGGACCGUCACGCGGUCCUCCGGGGCAGGAUCGGUGGCACCAGCAGCAGGGGCCGCAAGGGGCGGCGGGGUCGGAGGACGGGCUUGAGCGGUGGCCUGGGCAAGGCGGGGCGCCUGGAGAGCGAAGAGGUGGAGGGCCGCCGCCGCCGCCGCCGCCGCCGCCGCCGCCGCCGGCUGGGCGAGCCGGGGUGGAGAGCGGUGGUGGGCUGGUGCCGCCGCCGCCGCCGCCGCCGCCGCCACCGGGCGGGGAGGGGGAGAAGGAGGACGCGCCGCCGCCUGCGGCGGCCCCCACGCUUGCCGAGGGCGGCAGUGUUCUUCUCAAGUCGAAGAUAACGGACGCGAAUUGGUCGGACGGCUCGCUCGACCCCGAGGACAACGAAGACGACGACGCCGACUUUGAUGACGACUUCGGGGGCGGCGAGGACGACGACGCCGCCACUGGAAACUCCCCAAAGCGCCAGAAACUAGCUUAAAGUGGGCAUGGUCUGCUGCGGGGACACUCCAGGAAACGCCAGAAACGAGCUUGAAAGGGGGCCAAGCCUGCUGCUUGCCCUGGAGCUCCAACAGGACUGGAUGUGUACGUGUAGGUAGUGUAGCAGUAUGGACCGAGCGGCAGGGGUGGCGCAUCGCGGCACCGACGGUCUUGUAGUUGGGAGAAGAAAGGCAGCGGCCUUGUGGGGGGGGGGGGGGGGGGGGGNGGGGGGGGGGGGGGGGGGGGGGGGGGGGGGGGGGGGGGGGGGCAGACGGGAUGUUGAGGAACUCCUUCGGAGCGAGCGUGGCAGCCCUCGGCUGGUGCGGUGGCAUCGUAUUUUGCUCCAGGAUGACCGAGAUUCAUGUGGUGAGGUCGGUGCGGAGUAUCGACGGGCCGCUGGGCAGCAAGGGACAGCCCACCCUUUUUUUCCGAGUGAGAUGGCGACGACGAUUGUAUAGGGACUGACACCUGCCCGGUGCCGGUAGGUACAGCUUUGAUGUUUACGCAUUGAGGUCAAACCCCGGUAAACGGCGGCUGUAACUAUGACGGUCCUAAGGUAGCGAUAUUCCUUGUCGGGUAAGUGUCGACCCGCAUGAAUGGUGUAACGUUGACUACGCCGGGUCAUCCCGCAAAACGCCGGGUCAUCCCGCGGAAGACGGACGACUGCUGGUUGUCCGGCGAUUGCGUCGCGGGCUUCUCUUCACGAUCGUGCUCUUGAUCGUGUGGCGACCGACAAAACAGAAGUGUAACCGACACGUUCUUUUGGUUUGUCUCUUCCAAGUACUGAUUUUUCCCGCCACCAGUGCUGGACCCCUACCUACCGCAUGCAGUUGGUGAGGCCAAGAGAGGUGUUGACUUUGAGUAGUCGACUCCUGGUAAAUAUACAGGCGAUUGGGCUGACCUUAUGCCACGUUUUGGGGUGGGCGAAAAUCCUAUGUAUGACGACAUACGCGAGCUAUGUGGUUCGAGGCGUUUACAAUCCAUUUUUUUUGGUCGUGUUCUUAUGCUCAGAAAAACACUGGAGUUGGUUAGGUACGUCGUGCUUUCUGCGUGUUCGAAGGUUGCCACGGGUGUAGGGAGGUACAUAAGUAAAUGGUCAUACCGAGUUCUGCCUGGUGUUUCAACAAAGGUGGUGCCCCGUGGCUUUGAAGGUGUCUUGUGGGUAAUAGUAGGUAAUUUACGUGGCAACACGCUUUGCUGUAGUUGGGCGCGGCGGCUUUCCACCGGGUCUGCUAAAAACCUGCUCGCUCCAGGAUGUUGCUGAGCAAGCUGAGUCGUGUCUUUUGUGUGCACGGGCACGCACGUCUUCAUGUUCCAUCCAAAGAUUCGCUCCGUUCCAUCAGAGAAUUCGCUCCUCUCGUGAGAGACGAUGAUAGCGAGACGUUUAAUGAUUUUUGGAGGGGGUCGGUCAUCGGAAGACUCUUGCUGGUUGUUUCCUCCGUUGCGUCGGGUGUUUAUGAGUGCAUUAACAGAAACCACCCCUUCCCCAUGGGGUUCUUUUGGCACAGCAUCGAAGACGGGGAUCUGCUGUUUGGGGGUGGGGGGCGGAGAAGUUUUGGGCCGUGCGACUUGACGUGCUCGUCAAACUAUCGAAACGUCUAUCUAUACCGUCGGGGGCAGCCUUAGUUUGUCAUUAU